CGGCGCGGAGCUGCGAGCUAGCGCCGGGGGCUCCGGCUCCUCCGGAUGGGCUCGGCAUGAGGCUGGCGCGGCUAGUGCGCGUAGCCGCCUCGGCCGGCCCGGGCCCGGGGCUACGCGCCUACGGCCCCAGCGCCAGCCGCAGCCUCGCCUCGGAUUCGGGCUCCGGCCCGGCGUCGGAACGCGGCGUUCCGGGCCAAGUGGACUUCUACGCGCGCUUCUCGCCGUCGCCGCUUUCCAUGAAGCAGUUCCUGGACUUCGGAUCGGUAAAUGCUUGUGAAAAGACCUCAUUUAUGUUUCUGCGGCAAGAGUUACCUGUGAGACUGGCAAAUAUAAUGAAAGAAAUAAGUCUUCUUCCAGAUAAUCUUCUCAGGACGCCAUCCGUUCAGUUGGUUCAAAGCUGGUAUAUUCAGAGUCUUCAGGAGCUUCUUGAGUUUAAGGAUAAAAGUGCCGAAGAUGCUAAAGCUAUUUAUGACUUCACAGAUACUGUGAUACGGAUCAGAAACCGACACAACGACGUUAUUCCCACAAUGGCCCAGGGUGUGAUUGAAUACAAGGAGAGCUUCGGGGUGGAUCCUGUCACCAGCCAGAAUGUGCAGUACUUUUUGGAUCGAUUCUACAUGAGUCGAAUUUCAAUCAGAAUGUUACUAAAUCAGCACUCUUUAUUGUUUGGUGGAAAAGGAAGUCCAUCUCAUCGAAAACACAUUGGUAGUAUAAAUCCAAACUGCAAUGUAGUGGAAGUUAUUAAAGAUGGCUAUGAAAAUGCUAGGCGUCUCUGUGAUUUGUAUUAUAUUAACUCUCCUGAACUAGAACUUGAAGAACUAAAUGCAAAAUCACCAGGACAACCAAUACAAGUGGUUUAUGUACCAUCCCAUCUCUAUCACAUGGUGUUUGAACUUUUCAAGAAUGCAAUGAGAGCAACUAUGGAACACCAUGCUGACAAAGGUGUUUACCCCCCUGUUCAAGUUCAUGUUACAUUGGGUAAUGAGGAUUUGACUGUAAAGAUGAGUGACCGAGGAGGUGGUGUUCCUUUGAGGAAAAUUGACAGACUCUUCAACUACAUGUAUUCAACUGCACCCCGGCCUCGUGUGGAGACUUCCCGUGCAGCGCCCCUGGCUGGUUUUGGUUAUGGAUUGCCCAUAUCACGUCUUUAUGCACAGUACUUUCAAGGAGACUUAAAGCUGUAUUCCUUAGAGGGAUAUGGGACAGAUGCAGUUAUUUACAUUAAGGCUCUGUCAACAGAAUCGAUUGAGAGACUCCCCGUGUAUAACAAAGCUGCCUGGAAGCAUUACAACACCAACCAUGAAGCUGAUGACUGGUGUGUCCCCAGCAGAGAGCCAAAGGACAUGACCACGUUCCGCAGUGCCUAAGGGUGCUUGAGAUGCUGGGAAAGUCCAGUGUGGUUUUUGUGUUACAUUCGGAAGGGAUGGUGUUCACAACUACAUUAUACCAAAUACUUCAUGUGUCAUUUUCACAGUUAACUCAUUGGGUAGAAUAAAUGGAAACUGAAUUCCAUUUGUGCCUAUUAAAUCUCCUAAGGAUAAAAUUAUACCUAUUUUACACAUAUAUUUUCACAGUUAACUGAACGUAUUUUUAAACAGUUGUAGUUAUGGUCAACUUUCUUCUUAUGGUGGACUUCAGAAGUGUGGAAGUCUUGAUUUCUCACAGGAAGCUGUGUAGUUUUUUAAAGAAAUACUUUACAUUUAUGUCUACUAGAAACAUUUUUUGAAUAAUAUUCAUUAGCUGGUUAGUCAUCUUUCUGUUAUUUGGAGGAGUUCUGCCAUUCUUUAUUGAGUAGUCACAAUAAGAUGGUCUUCAAGUUUUUCAGUGCCCAACUAUAGGUAAAGCAGAACAUAGUUGUCAAUGUAGUCACAGCCACCAUAGCAUCUGCAUCCAUUGUCUUAGCUCGGAAGUUAAUUGAUUGUUUUAUUAUAAUGGAUUGUAAUGACUGGUUCCCUGUGAAUCUAAGCCAAGAUCAGGGGUAGUAUGUCCUGAGUAUGCUUAGGAUUAAUGUAAGGAAAAUUUUUAUAUUAAAAACAAAACUAGCAGGUACUAAAAUUAUAGAAAAUAAAUUGAGGGUAAAGCAGUGAGUCCCCAAAACUGAACUAAUUAGUUGUUGAGAUUACCUGGGGGAGCUUUUUGAGAGCAGUAGAGUUUUUCUGGGUCCUACUCCACACAUAUUGAAUCAGAACCUCUAGGGCUGGAGCCCAGAGAUCACACACUUCCAGAUGAGUCUGAUGCCUGGCCUGUUUAGAACCACUCUUUCAGGGUGAGUAGUGGUGAUGCUAGAUUUGCUAAAGUAACAGAUCUUUAGAUUUGGGUUUCCACUUAUUUGAAGGUCAGAUUUCUAGACUUUAGGAGAGACAUUAAAUCUCAGGUCUGGUGUAGUUAGGAGUAUGAUGAGACACAGAAGAGAAGGACUGUAGGAGAAUAGUCAGGUAACCAGUGGGUUAACUUGUUUUUAGUUUGUUUAAGUGAUUACAAAAAAUAUGUAUAUUUUCUAAAAUCCAGAUUUUGAGGAAAAUCAGUUUGGGCUUCUUACAGCAAUCCAUUGCAUUUGUGUGGUAAUUUGUAAUUUACAAAUGCUUCAUUAUAACUUUAUUGGUCUUUAAAACGAAGAGCUGUAGUGCAGGUGUUAUCAUCCUGGUUUUCACUCACAGUGACUCAGAAUCACACAGAAUUAGAACCAGAGCCCAAGUUGUCCCCAUGGAUCGCCCCAUCGGUGGGUCCAGGAGUCUUUGAAGUUUGUAUCUCACCUUCUUUUAAGGGAACAAGCUCAAGUAAAAAUUUAACUAUUUAAGCAUAGCUUCAUUACUUAAAUGGAGAGUGUUUAUUAUCUGCAGAGUAUAUUGAGUUGAAACACCUCAUUCUUAAAAGGAUUAUGUGAGAUUGACAAUUCUACAUGUCUUAUACAUGUGUCAAAUUAUCACAUUAUGUCCUAUAAAUAUGAAAGAUGUUUUUUAAAAAGCCAAGUCACACAGCACAAAAUAGACUUUCUUGAACCUGUCAGAAACUAAUUACAUAAAUUUGUGGAUUGGGAGGGGUGUUAAAGGGCAGUUAGUCCAGUGCCCUCAUUUAAGAGAUGAGGGUCCUGAGACCCAGAGGACUUGUCUUUGGCAGGAUUUAGCUAAUCUGACCAAAUAUUGGAAAAAUAGAUACCUUACCUAAUCUACUGUUCCUUAAUCAAGGGUUUUAUAAGAAGCAAUAGGAUGUGUUAAUGCAUGACUUGUGUUAAUUCACGUAUUACAGUUUUUUAGCUUUAAAUUAUUUUUUCUUGUAAUGAAUAUUUUAGAAUCCUUUGAAUUAAAAUAUUCACUUUCUUUCCUAAAUGAGACAUUUGUACAACUAACAUAAACUUGAUAUUUUUACUUCGGAAAUAUUUUUCCCUUCCCCACGAAAAUUAGUUUUUCUCUAUUUAAGAGCUAAGAAAUUGUGUUUUCAGAGGAAAGUGAAAUUACUUUCCUUUUGCUUCUUUUAAAGGUACACAGCUUUUUUACUGUUAUUGUGGUAAUAGACAGAAAAUUGCAUACAAAAAAUAUUUUGGCAGAGUUUUUUCCUAGUUGGUUUUAAAUCAUUGAGCUACCUGAAAGGUUUUUAGAUUCUUAAAAUGAGCUAUUUUGUCUACCAGCAUUAAUGUUAUGCAGCGUGGAUAUAAAAAUAUAUUGAAGGUCAGGAAGUAGAUACAAAGUAAUUUUUAUAAUCUGGGCAGUUAAUGAAUGUGCCAACAGUUUUUAAGAUGAGAUAACAAAACUAUUCUGCCCUCUACUUAAUAUCCUGGCAGGCUUUUGAUGUUUUCAUACCUAAUAGUGAUCUCUUCCUGUACUGUGAGGUUUUUACAUAAAAAUAUUUAAGUGAAAGUCUACCAUAUUAUUUUACACAAUGUUUUCUGUGUGGUGAUAAACUGAAAACAUUGAUCAACUCUUAUUUUGGAAAUAAACUGAGUUAAUUUAGAUUUUUAAAAAUAUAAUCAUGUCUUUUAAAUAGGGUUCUCUUCCAUGGAGGCUCAAUAUUCUGUAAACAUUUAAAAAAUCAUAGUAAAGUGGCUUGUACUAAAUCUCACUAUUUUCAAUAGGAGAACUAUUGGAAUUUAGAUUUCCAGUGUAUAUUGUCAUGGAGAAAGUAAAAGAAGUGUGUCUGGUUUGAGUUUUUUUAGAUUUUUCAUUAUCCAAACUUACCACAGGUGACUGACUUAUUGCUUAAAUGGAGAUCUGUUGUGUGAUUUUGAAAGCUACAAAUAAAUUUGAAAUUUGAAUAAC